UUUCUUAAAAGGGUAGGGAAACUGCGUCUGAAGUCUGCGGGUCCCGUCUUCCCAUUGUGAGUGAUCCCCUCUCUGGGAGGUCGCAGGGCCCAUUUCUGGAGAAAGACGGGCCGCCUCUCUCUUGUGUGGGAGAGACUGUUUCCCGGCGCCUGGGCCUUCCUGUGGGGUCUGCGAGGUCCCCUCCCCCGGGAGGUGGGACCCCAGGGCAGCGCCUCGCCCCGCAAAGUCCGUUCUGCCUCACGGCGCAGGACUGGCGGGUGAAGCGUGCAGCUGCCCAGCGCCCCCUCGCGCCGCGUCACCCCUCGGCGUCUGGAGGACCCUGGCCCAGCAGCGGACCAGGCCGGCCGCCCGCCACGAGCGUGCGUAACGUGCCCCCGCAGCGUGACGCACGGGCCGUGCCGGGGCGGAUGCGCGGGAUGCGCGCCGGGAGGAGCGCGCAGGGGGUGGAGUGCGGGCGGAAGUCGGCGUCUGCUGAAAGGAGAAAGGAAAGGGAGACGCUGCUGGGUGCGGCGAGGUGAGGCUGGGAACCAGCGGGAGGGCGCCUCCUCCUCCCCCGCCCUCUCUGCUGAGGAUGGAAGUGACGAAAGCAGCCGAGGAGGUCACUUCCUGCUGGGGUGGAUGAGGAGGAGCCGGAGACGCCGCGGAGGAGACCGGACCGAAGACGGACCGUGCCGGGAAGAGCAGGCAGGUGAAAAUGAAAGCCGGCUGUAGCAUCGUGGAAAAGCCAGAAGGAGGUGGAGGGUAUCAGUUUCCUGACUGGGCCUACAAAACAGAGUCGUCCCCGGGCUCCCGGCAGAUCCAGCUGUGGCACUUCAUCCUGGAGCUGCUGCAGAAGGAAGAGUUCCGCCAUGUCAUCGCCUGGCAGCAGGGAGAGUACGGGGAAUUUGUCAUCAAGGAUCCAGAUGAGGUGGCCCGCCUCUGGGGCCGCAGGAAAUGCAAACCACAGAUGAAUUAUGACAAGCUGAGCCGGGCCCUCAGAUACUAUUACAACAAGAGGAUCCUUCAUAAAACAAAAGGGAAAAGAUUUACCUAUAAAUUUAACUUCAACAAGCUGGUGAUGCCCAACUACCCAUUCAUCAACAUUCGGUCAAGUGGUGUGGUUCCUCAGAGUGCGCCACCAGUGCCAACAGCCUCUUCCCGGUUCCAUUUCCCACCUCUGGACACCCAUUCUCCAACCAGUGAUGUGCAGCCGGGACGGUUCUCUGCUAGCUCCCUAACUGCUUCUGGCCAGGAGUCCAGUAAUGGUACUGAUAGAAAGACUGAGCUUUCAGAGCUGGAGGAUGGCUCAGCUGCUGACUGGCGGCGGGGUGUGGAUCCCAUGUCCUCCAGGAAUGCCAUUGGUGGAGGAGGGAUUGGCCAUCAGAAACGCAAGCCUGACAUAAUGCUUCCUCUGUUUGCUAGGCCAGGGAUGUACCCUGACCCCCACAGUCCCUUCGCUGUCUCUCCAAUCCCUGGCCGCGGAGGUGUCCUUAAUGUCCCCAUUUCACCAGCCCUCUCCCUGACUCCCACCAUCUUCUCCUAUAGCCCAUCACCAGGCCUGAGCCCUUUCACCAGCAGCAGCUGCUUCUCCUUCAACCCUGAGGAAAUGAAACACUACCUUCAUUCUCAAGCUUGUUCUGUGUUCAACUACCAUCUGAGUCCUCGGACUUUUCCCCGUUACCCGGGGCUCAUGGUUCCACCACUGCAGUGCCAAGUGCAUCCUGAGGAGUCAACUCAGUUCUCCAUCAAGCUGCAGCCCCCACCAGUUGGGCGGAAGAACCGGGAGAGGGUUGAGAGCAGCGAGGAGUCAGCACCAGUCACCACGCCUACCAUGGCUUCUAUUCCCCCAAGAAUCAAGGUGGAACCUGCCUCUGAAAAGGAUCCUGAGAGCCUCAGGCAGUCGGCACGAGAGAAGGAGGAGCACACUCAAGAAGAGGGCACUGUGCCAAGCAGGACCAUUGAAGAGGAAAAAGGCACCAUCUUUGCCCGUCCUGCUGCACCACCCAUCUGGCCCUCUGUGCCCAUUAGCACCCCAAGUGAAGAACCUCUGGAGGUGACUGAAGACAGUGAGGACAGGCCUGGCAAAGAGCCCAGUGCACCUGAGAAGAAAGAAGAUGCCCUGAUGCCCCCCAAGCUUCGGUUGAAGCGGCGCUGGAAUGAUGACCCUGAAGCCCGAGAGCUGAGCAAGAGUGGCAAGUUUCUCUGGAAUGGGUCAGGACCCCAGGGCUUGGCAACAGCAGCUGCUGAUGCUUAGAACUGGAAGUGGAUUAGGAGCUGUUUAUACUAUAAUCAAAUACAUACAUGUAUUUAUGUAGCAAGAUUUCAGGGUGGGGGGAGGGAGUUAAACUGGUUUGAUCAUUGUAGGGGCAUAGACUUGUAUUUUUAUGUUUUGGGGAUGGGAUGGGGUUAUCUUCUGUUGUAAAUUAGGUGGGAUAUGAACACACUUAUUUUCCUGGUGAGUAGGACACAGGGAGGGUAUUGAACUCAAAGGAGAAGGAGCCUCUAUUUCCUAUUGAGGCUUAUACUUUCUGACAAGGAAACUCCCAAAGGGCCAAGAUACUUUUUGGUCCCAUGAUAGUCAGGUUCCAGACUUCUUUCUUUUCUAUUGUAUUUAUAUGUGGAAAGCCAUUACUGAAUUUAUUUUGCUCCAAGAGAUAUACAUAAAAGGGAAAAGGGCAUGGUUGGGAGGUUGAGCAGUAAGAGACCAUUAAUACUAAGUAUUUUGCCUGAAAUGCUUCUUUAUAAUUAUUUCAGGGAAGGAAUAAGGUAAUCUCAGACUUACUGGGGUGGGGCUUAGGGAAUGUUCGGAUGUUGCUCUUUUUCUUCUUCCCUUUUUUUUUUUUUUUUUUUUUUUUUUUUUUUUUUUUUUUUUUGAUUGGUGGUGUUUGGCAUUUUUUUCUUUUCCUUUUUAAAGAAAAUGUUUUCAGGAGACAUGAACAAACAUACUGCCAAUUAUAGUGGGGCUGGGAAGGCACAGGAGCUGGCGACCUCUCAGCUGCAUAGUUGGGACGGCAAACCCUGCUGUGAGCUUCUCAGACUUUUCACCUACUUCACCUAUUAAGAAGCCAUGAGGAGUUGUAAACUCUUGUUCAGGGAAGAAAAGAGGGCAGGAGGAAGUAACCCAAUGCCUUUAAAUACAAAACAAAUGAAAAACAAAAUACUCAUUUUUCCUUUUCUAUUGUGGGUUUGGGGAGCCAAACCAAAGUGUGACUGUGAGCACGUUCACCGAGAGGCAUGACAACAUUAUUGAAGAGGUCUUUCCAUUAUGUCUGGUUCUCUUAUUUUCUUAAGUCAAGCCUUAACUAUGAACAUACUUUAAGAUGAUACGGGUCUGUCACCAUAAACCUGUAAAAAGGGCAUGGACAGCUUUUCAGAUAAUCCAGGAAUGUUGAGACAUGGCUAAGUUUCUAGCUGAUAUUUAGUCAUUCCCUCUUGAUAUUGUUGGGAUGGGCAGCCAAAAGGCAGGCUUGUGGGAGUUAAGAGCCGAUGAUACCUGGAAACAUGGGAGGUAGCUGGGGGUACAAGUGGAUGUUGAGACUGAAGGAAGAGGUGGAAAGAAGACACAGAAGGCAACCAGAUGCCAAAAGGCCUGGCAUGAAUGAAAGAGUUGGCGUCUGUCCUGUUGUGGUGUUCCCAUUCUUGCCAUACCCAUUUGCCCAGAUUGUUCUGAUUCUCAUGUUCAAUUGACUAUCCCACAUGAGACUAUAGGCAGUGAGGAAUUGUUUCUUCCUGGGAAAUUUCCUUCCAACAACUGCAGAGGAAUGGGAAAGUAUUAAUCUUACAUGAAGCAAAGGAGCCUGGACUAGGGGCAGAGAGAAAGAAGCAGCAGCCCACCUUCUGUGUGUGCACAUGUGCCUAUGUCGUGUACAUCGGUACCUGACUGUGGCUCAGAUCUGCGUCGCAGCAGGGAGAGAAGAAAUCACACCAUAUCUGAUGAGAGGAAGGGUGGCACAGAGAUGGUGUCUACAAUUAGAGACAUUUCUGACUCCACCUUAGCCUAAGCAAACUUUAUAUACUGAGCAACAUUUGAAGGUUGUCUUUUAAUGGUGGGGGAUGUUUUUUCCUUUUUAAACUACAGUGCUUGCACAAGAGAGGGAGGGACUCAGAAAAGGUUAGGGCAGGUGAGGGAGACAGUAGAUGGCCUGGGAUGACUUGAGUCCAUCAUAUUAUUGCGUGGCAGGUGUCCUCCCCCAUGUUUGAUUCAAAUUCCAUGAGUGACCUACCUUUCCCCAGGAAUGGGACUGAGAGGGUGGUCCCCAGCAACUCAGUCUGCACAGGGCUCCCCGUUCAGGCUGCCUUUGGUGGUUGUGCUUUUGUAAGUUUCUUUCUCUGCACUUCGACUUACCUCUGAAUCAGAAAGCAAGCCCAGCAGGUGAAUGAGGGAUGUCUGCUUGGCAUUGCCCAAUCUAACCAGGGAGGCUGGCUGGCCACCCACUGUCCGCUAGAGGGGAGAGCCAGCAGGUGUUGGUAUGAACUCAGGAAUAGAAACACGAGGCCUUUUUAAAUAAGAGGGAGAAGAAUCCAUGAUGCGUACCUGUAACCCCCUAGAACCCAAGUGCCAGAAUUCCUAGAUGCUGCUUCUGUUUGAACAAAACGUCACUGCUUUUACACUUGAAAAAAAUACACUCGAAAAAUGUUCAACUCCAUGAAAAAUAUUUUUUGGCUUUAAGAAAUUGUCUGGUGUUUAACUGUUUCCUUUGAUUGCCAUUCCACCAGUAAAUUGUUGGUUGAUUUGCACUGCACUCUGGGGUUGGGGUUGGGAGGGGAGGGUCCUUAUACAGAGCCGAACUUGGGGUUGCUCAGGAAGUGGGCCAGGGAAUGUGGAAGUCGUUGACAUUGCCUGGGACAAAAGAGUGGGAGAUAGUUUUUCUCCCCUCAGCCCACUCCUAGUAGCACCUGUUGCCAGCCUGGUACAAAGCCAGGCCUUUCUCUUCUGUGAGCAUCUCAUCACUGUCCAGCAGCAGGUGGAAAAAGGGGGACAACAACCAGACCUAUUUUUUCUCCCCCAUUUUUUCCAAAUUUUGCUGUGCCAAAUGUUUAAAAUUUUACAAAUAUGAAUCUAUUGAAAUUUCAUUAAUCAAGAGCUUCUUCAUGUAAAGUUUGCUUUUUUAGCUAUAGGAAAAGAAAACAGUAAAUAUCUCUUAAUGGCAUCCAGCCUUGCUGAGCUCACCUUUUAUCCUGAAGAAUGGGUAGGAGUGAAAUAUUUAAUAUAGACAUUUCACCAAGUCCCUUCACCCUAAUUUUGAAGCUGCAUUAAACCCAACUUACUAACACAGGGAAUGAUUGCACCCUAGUCCUCUGUGGGCCAAGAAACUUCAGAAGCAUUAAAAAAAUAGUUGAAGUAUAUCACUUCUCACCAAGUGGGUAGAGUCAGUUGGCUGUUUGUCCCUUGUUUUUUAUUUAUUCCAUAAUUAUGUUUGUGCUUUUUGUUUUGUAAACAGUAAUGGAACGUACAUUUUUAUUUUGUUUAGAAGACAACUUUGAUUCAAUCUUUCAAGAACUGUUCCAUUCUUGGUUUCUUCUUAGGGGGAAAAAAAGUUACCAGUUAAUUUGUUUUGAGAUAUUUAAGCAUUCUUUGAGUUAUAGAAUUGUGAUGCAGGGAUUUGUGAAUGAGACAUUUACAUGUGAAAGGUGACUUCACUAGUUACCCGCUUAAGCAGAGUAAAGUGUGUAUAUGUACAUAAAAUGUAAGUAAUCUUAACUCCAUUGUGCAGUGCCUUUUAGAUGUUCUGCUUUCUAUAAAGUCUUCAAAUUUUUGCAUAUAUAUUAUAUAUAUAUGAUGUAAUGUUAUAGAAAUAUAUGUAUAAUAUACAUAUUUUUUCCAGGGGUAUCUGAUAGCUCUGUAUUUUGUUAUGGAAGUUGAAAGAAAAAAGUAUUUUACCUCAGAAAUUAAAUAAAAAAAUACUUUUAAGUAA